UUCAGGUCCCUGGAGACAGUGACUCUGGCAGUGCCAGUCAGUCCACACCAUGGCCACCUGCUGGCAGGGCCUGUGGGCCUAUCGCUCGUACCUGAUUGUAAUAUUUCUGCCCAUUUUCCUGCUGCCUCUGCCCAUCCUGGUCCCUGUAAAGGAAGCCUACUGUGCCUACGCCAUCAUCCUCAUGGCGCUCUACUGGUGCACCGAAGCUCUGCCCCUGGCCGUCACUGCCCUCUUCCCCCUCAUCCUGUUCCCCAUGAUGGGCAUUAUGGACGCCUCUGAGGUUUGCAUCGAGUAUCUCAAGGACUCCAACAUCCUGUUCAUCGGAGGGCUGCUGAUGGCCAUCUCCGUGGAGCACUGGAACCUGCACAAGCGCAUCGCCCUCCGCGUGCUCCUCAUUGUUGGGGUGCGGCCUGCCCUGCUGAUCCUGGGCUUCAUGCUGGUCACAGCCUUCCUGUCCAUGUGGAUCAGCAACACGGCCACCACGGCCAUGAUGGUGCCCAUUGCACACGCGGUCCUGGAACAGCUGCACGGCAGUCAGGAGGGCAAGGAUGUCGAGGAGGGCAGCGACAACCCCACCUUUGAGCUGCAGGAACCAAGUCCCCAGAAGGAGGAGACCAAGCUUGAUAACAGGAAGGUCGCACCAGUCCCACCUGCCUCAAAGGCCAAGCAGAACCAGGAGCAAAUCCGCUUCACCCAGGGCAUGAGCCUGUGCGUGUGCUACGCGGCCAGCAUCGGGGGCAUCGCCACACUGACUGGCACCUCGCCCAACCUGGUGCUGCAGGGCCAGGUCAACUCGCUCUUCCCCGAGAACAACAACGUGGUGAACUUUGCUUCGUGGUUCGGCUUUGCCUUUCCUACUAUGGUCAUCUUGCUGCUGCUGGCCUGGCUGUGGCUGCAGAUCCUCUUCCUGGGCUUCAACUUCCGGAAGAACUUCGGCUUUGGGGAACAGGUGCAGGAGCGAAAGCAGGCAGCCUACCAGGUCAUCCAGACGGAGCACAAGCUGCUAGGCCCCAUGACCUUUGCAGAAAAGGCUGUCUCUGUCCUCUUUGUUAUCUUGGUACUGCUCUGGUUCACCCGGGAGCCAGGUUUUUUCGUUGGCUGGGGCAACCUGGCUUUUUCCAAUGCUAAAGGGGAAAGCAUGGUGUCCGAUGGCACCGUGGCCAUGUUCAUUGGCAUAAUUCUAUUCAUCGUGCCCUCCAAGAUCCCAGGACUGACCCAGGACCCAGAAAAACCCGGAAAGCUGAAGGCCCCUCCUGCUCUCCUCAACUGGAAGAUAGUGCACCAGAAGAUGCCCUGGAAUAUCGUGUUUUUGCUGGGUGGUGGCUUCGCCCUAGCCAAGGGCAGUGAGCAAUCAGGCCUGUCGGCGUGGCUGGGGAACAAGCUGACCCCGCUGGAGCAAGUGCCUGCUCCUGCCAUCGCCUUCAUCCUCUGCCUCCUGGUCGCCACCUUCACCGAGUGCACCAGCAACGUGGCCACUACCACACUCUUCUUGCCCAUCUUGGCCUCCAUGGCGCAGGCCAUCUGCCUCCACCCUCUCUACGUCAUGCUCCCCUGCACUCUGGCCGCCUCCCUGGCCUUCAUGCUGCCUGUGGCCACCCCACCCAAUGCCAUCGUCUUCUCUUUCGGGGGCCUCAAAGUGACGGACAUGGCCCGGGCGGGAUUCCUGCUCAACAUCAUCGGGGUGCUGGUCAUCACGCUGGCCAUCAACAGCUGGAGCUUCCCCAUCUUCGGCCUGCACACCUUCCCCUCCUGGGCCCACACCAACACCACCCAGUGCCUGUCCAGCCAGGUCAACUCCACCGGGCCUCGCCCCUAGGCCCAGCUACAACUGGGCCCCUCCUAGGGAGACCCACCCAGUUCCCACUCCUCAGAGCUGGAGGGGACACACCAAGCUCCAUGCGUGCCCUGGGCCAAAUGGAGAGAAAGGCACUUGUGCACACGGUCUCGUGAGUGUGCAGGGACGGUGCCUGCGCUCAGUAUCUCCUGUACGCUGCGGGAAAUGGGUGUGUACAUAUGUAUGCAUGUGUGUGUGAUGCGAGGAUGCCUGGAGGGUGCGUGCACGGGAUCCUCCAUGUAGAUGCUUGACGGUGCACACGCGUGCACUCACAGGCAAGACCACGCGCCCUCUCUGGUACCCAGGUUUUCAUUUUCCCAGCUUAGGGACCAGCCCCCGUUGCACUGUAUUUAUUGAAACUCAGGGUUGGGGUGGCCCAAGAGGAGGGCCUACUGGUGGUUGCUAUGGAAACAGCCUCUGGGCCUGACCCAGCACAGGAACCCCCUUACCCCCACCCCUGCCAUUCAGGGUUUGCCAUUUGGGGGGUUGGGAGAGGGUUCAAAUAUUAAGCACAUUAAAGUGUUUUUCAGUA